CCUCACUCCCCCCCCUCUCUCUCUCUCUCUCCUGGUCUCUCCGAAUUCUCCAUCUCUUCCGGGCUUUGGAUCUUCCUCCGUGGAUUUCCGAUCGAUUUCUGAUUUGAGGUGUGUUCAUGGAUCUGCCUAGCCUUGCUAUCAUCGUUGGAGCCGCUGCUUUCAGCCCCAAUCCCGAUGAACGCAAGGCCGCCGAGCAGAGUCUUAAUCAGUUUCAGCACACUCCGCAGCAUUUGAUAAGGGUGUUGCAAAUAAUUGUUGAUGGUGGCUUCGACUUGGCUGUACGUCAAGCUGCUAGUAUCCAUUUUAAGAACUUCGUCGCGAAGAACUGGGAGUCACUUUCCGGUGAAGAGAGCAAAAUCUUGCCAAGUGAUAAGAAUGUUGUCAGGGAUCAGAUCCUUGCACAUGUCUCCCAAGUUCCCCCAAUAUUGAGAGUGCAAUUGGGGGAGUGCCUUAAGACCAUUAUUUAUGCUGACUAUCCUGAGCAAUGGCCUCAUCUUCUGGACUGGGUGAAGCACAACUUGCAAGAUCAACAAGUUUAUGGAGCUUUAUACGUCUUAAGGAUCCUUUCUUCAAAAUACGAGUUUAAGUCAGAUGAAGACAGGACACCGAUUUACCGAAUUGUUGAGGAGACAUUUCCGCAUCUUCUGAAUAUAUUUAGCAAGCUUGUCCAUUUGGAAAAUCCUUCUCUGGAAGUUGCAGACCAUAUCAAGCUUAUCUCUAAAAUAUUCUGGUCAUGCAUCUAUCUAGAGCUUCCAAGACCAUUGCUUGAUCCAAAUUUUUUUAAUGCUUGGAUGGCGCUAUUCCUAAACAUUUUGGAACGUCCUGUGCCCUUAGAAGGUCAGCCUACAGAUCCUGAUCUACGAAAAUCGUGGGGAUGGUGGAAGGUCAAGAAGUGGGUGGCUCAUAUUUUAAACAGACUGUACACUCGGUUUGGAGAUCUAAAACUUCAAAAUCCAGAAAACAGAGCCUUUGCCCAGAUGUUUCAGACGAAUUAUGCAGCCAAGAUAUUGGAGUGCCACCUGAAAUUAUUGAAUAUUGUCCGUAUUGGUGGAUAUCUCCCGGAUAGAGUCAUCAACCUUAUUCUUCAGUAUCUGAGCAACAGCAUCUCAAAGAGCAGUAUGUACAACUUGCUGCAGCCGCACCUUGAUGUACUGCUGUUUGAGAUAGUUUUUCCCCUAAUGUGCUUCAAUGACAAUGAUCAAAGGCUUUGGGAUGAAGACCCACAUGAGUAUGUGAGGAAAGGUUACGAUAUACUUGAAGAUCUAUACAGUCCAAGGACUGCCUCUAUGGACUUUGUAACUGAGUUGGUACGUAAGCGUGGGAAGGACAACUUCCAAAGAUUUAUACAGUUCAUCGUGGGCAUUUUUCAAAGAUACAAUGAGGCUCCAAUAGAUCAUAAGCCUUACCGCCUUAAGGAUGGUGCUCUGCUUGCUGUUGGAACACUUUGUGAUAAACUGAGGCAAACUGAACCGUACAAAUCUAAUCUGGAGAAUAUGUUGGUGCAGCAUGUUUUUCCUGAGUUCAUCAGUCCUGCUGGGCAUCUUAGAGCUAAGGCUGCUUGGGUUGCUGGACAAUAUGCCCAUAUCAAAUUUUCAGACCAGAGCAAUUUUACCAAUGCAUUGCAUUGUGUCAUUUCUGGACUGCGUGAUCAAGAACUUCCUGUUCGGGUGGAUUCAGUUUUUGCUUUGCGCUCUUUCAUCGAGGCCUGCAAAAAUUUGGAUGAGAUUCGUCCUAUUCUGCCUCAACUACUUGACGAGUUUUUCAAGCUUAUGAAUGAAAUUGAGAAUGAAGACCUUGCUUUUACUUUGGAGACUAUCGUUUACAAGUUUGGUGAGGAAAUUUCGCCUUAUGCUUUGGGUUUGUGCCAGAAUUUGGCCACUGCUUACUGGAAGUGUAUCGCCACAGAUGAUGAUGACAAUGAUGAUGAUGAUUCUGGUGCAUUGGCUGCGGUGGGUUGUCUCCGCGCAAUAAGUACAAUUCUCGAAUCGAUCAGUAGUCUUCCUCACCUCUAUGUUCAAAUAGAACCGCACUUGCUCCCGAUAAUGCGUAAAAUGUUGACAACCGAUGGGCAAGAUGUUUUUGAAGAAGUUCUGGAGAUUGUGUCAUAUAUUACUACCUUUUCGCCAUCAAUAUCAAUGGACAUGUGGAGCUUGUGGCCUUUGAUGAUGGAAGCACUCGUAGAUUGGGCUAUUGAUUUCUUCCCGAAUAUAUUAGUUCCUCUGCACAAUUUCAUAUCCAGGGGAACUACACAUUAUCUCACGUGCAAGGAACCAAAUUACCAGCAAAGUCUCUGGAAUGCGAUUUCCGUACUUAUGGCCAACAAAAACAUGGAGGACAGUGACAUUGAACCAGCUCCGAAGUUGCUAUCUAUCGUGCUUCAGACUUGUAAAGGCCAGGUGGAUCAUUGGCUGGAGCCAUACCUGAGGAUCACGUUAGAUCGGUUGCGGUGUGCCGAGAAAACUUCCUUAAAAUGUCUUCUCAUAGAAGUGAUUGCAGAUGCCUUUUACUACAAUGCAGCUUUAACGCUCAGCAUACUGCAAAACCUGGGUGUUGCAAAAGACAUUUUAACUCUUUGGUUCCAGAUGUUGCAACAAAAGAAGAAGAGUGGCGCUCCUGCCAACUUCAAGAGGGAACACGAUAAAAAGGUUUGCUGCUUGGGAUUGAUAUCACUGCUCAGUCUCCCAGCUGGUCAGUUGCCAGAAGAGGUGUUGCCACCUGUGUUUAGGGCUCUUCUCGAGCUUCUAGUUGCAUACAAGGAUCAAGUCGCUGAAGCUGCAAAUGAAGCAGAGGCUGAAGAAGAAGAAGAUGGUGACGAUGAUGAUAUGGAUGCAUUCCAAACAGAUGAUGAAGAUGAAAAUGAUGAUGGUGAUGAGGUUGAAGACCAGGAUGCAGAUGAAGCUGAUGACAGUAAACUCCGCAAGUUAGCGGCAAAGGCAAAAGACUUCCGUCAUUACAGCGAAGAGGAUGAUUAUUCCGAGGACGAUUUUAGUGACGAUGAUGAUGAUGAGUUGGACUCACCAAUCGAUGAAGUCGAUCCUUUUGUGUUCUUCAUGGAUACUGUCACAGCCAUGCAAGCAACGGAAGCCGUCAAGUUCCAGAACCUAACACAGACACUCGACGCUCACUACCAAGGGCUUGCAAACAGUAUAGCUCAGCACACCCAGCUGAGAAGAGCAGAGAUCCACAAGGAGAAACAAUCCGCCGCUACACCUGCCUCUUGAUUUUUCUGUCAGUUCGAGUUUCAGUCCAGAGGUUGGCCUGACCACACACCCGACGCCGUCGUCCUGGUUGGGUUGUUGACCCGAUACAGACGUAAUCGGGCAUAUCUCGGACGCUAGGGAGAGGCAUCAGCUCGGUAACUUCGAGUAAGUGUUGCCUGUCUCAUAGAUCAUCGUCAUCAUUCCCAAUUUUGCACGUCCGAAGCUGGUUUUUCCCAUCGUCUGAAACAUAUAACUAAACCCUGGUCGGGUUUAGUACAAACACAAUCUUUGUUUUUUUUUUUUUUUUUUAAGUUUAUGCUCUCCAAUUGGGUCGGAGGCAUAUAUAUAUAUAUAUACACACACACGUAGGUUUGUUUAUUCCUUUGAUGUUAUUAUCUAUAUGUAUGGGGAUUUGGCCAAAUUCUGCAAAUUUUCAGUGUUUAAAAAUGUGGGAUUCAGAGUGUGUUGUAUUUCUCCUCCCAAGGGUCGGUUGGGGAGUGUGAUAUCUGUGUAAUUUACAUUUGAUUAUUUUUUUUUCUAUUAUUGUUAUCAUGAAAUUGAAUUUUUC